GCGACGCCUUUGUCUGCAGCCCGAAAACAGAGGGGCGGGUGGUGAAUCCAGCCCCUUCCGCUACUUUGGGAUUGGCUUAGCAAUGAGAGCCCUGAAAGCAGGCCCCAAAUCUGACAGCUCCACCCUGGGAGACUGCAGACAGCUCUGCUGCCAUGGAUGUGUUCCAGAAGGUAGAGAAAAUCGGAGAGGGCACCUAUGGGGUGGUAUACAAGGCCAAGAACAGGGAGACAGGACAGCUGGUGGCCUUGAAGAAGAUCAGGCUAGAUUUGGAGACAGAGGGGGUCCCAAGCACUGCCAUCAGGGAGAUCUCCCUGCUUAAGGAGCUGAAGCACCCCAACAUCGUCAGGCUGUUGGAUGUGGUACACAAUGAGAGGAAGCUUUAUCUGGUGUUUGAGUUCCUCAGCCAGGACCUGAAGAAGUACAUGGACUCCACCUCAGGCUUGGAGCUCCCCAUGCACCUCAUUAAGAGCUACCUCUUCCAGCUGCUGCAGGGGGUGAGUUUCUGCCACUCACAUCGGGUCAUCCACCGAGACCUGAAGCCCCAGAAUCUGCUCAUUGAUGAGUUAGGUGCCAUCAAGUUGGCUGACUUCGGCCUGGCUCGAGCCUUCGGGGUGCCCCUGCGCACCUACACCCACGAGGUGGUAACGCUGUGGUAUCGCGCCCCCGAGAUUCUCUUGGGCAGCAAGUUCUAUACUACAGCUGUGGAUAUCUGGAGCAUUGGUUGCAUCUUUGCAGAGAUGGUGACUCGAAAAGUCCUGUUUCCUGGUGACUCUGAGAUUGACCAGCUCUUUCGUAUCUUUCGUAUGCUGGGGACACCCAGUGAAGCCGUAUGGCCCGGGGUCACCCAGCUGCCUGACUAUAAGGGCAACUUCCCUAAGUGGACCAGGAAGGGGCUAGAAGAGAUCGUGCCCAAUCUGGAGUCAGAGGGCAAGGACCUGCUCAUGCAACUCCUGCAGUAUGACCCCAGCCGGCGGAUCACGGCCAAGACCGCCCUGGCCCACCGGUACUUCUCAUCCCCGGAGCCCUGCCCGGCCGCCCACCAGUAUGUGGUGCAGCGAUUCUGCCGUUGAGAACAUCAAGGCCACACUCAGAUCCUCUCUCGAGCAGCUGCUGUCCCAGCUGCCUCCCACCCAUUCCCAAGAGAGGACACGUCUGGGGAGAGCAAAGCACUAAGGAAUUGGCAUCAACCUGCAGAGGGCUGAGUCUGGGUUAGUCCUGCCCGCAGGCUAGCGAGAUCCUGUGUUGUUUUUUGGGUUUGACAGAGUCGUUUCAAAAUAGAGGCACAGAUACUCCGUGCAUGGGGGUCCCUGGGCACCGGAACAACAGGGGCCAAGUUGAAGGCAGGGGGCCUGCCCGGUCUGGGCAGGGCCAGACCCUGAGGAAAGGUUGCCCUCUGCUGGUCUUUUUGGAUUUAAAAUGUUUGGGGGAAGAGUUUCAGUUCAGAGUCCCAAGUUAAACAGGAGGGAGUGAGGGAAGGAGAGAGGACGUGCCCCCGAUCCCAGGAGAGCUGGGCUGUGGCUGCACUAAGGAGUUGUUCCUUCACCCAAGAUGUGCUUAUCUUGGUUCGUUUCUGGCUUGACAACAAGAAAUAAAUGUGAUAAUGUUUCUGA